AUGAAUAUUUAUAAUAUAUAUUUUUGGGUAACUAUUCUAUAUAGUAGUACACAAUAUUUUGUGUCAUCUAAAGAAACCUGGGAAAAAAUCAAAGCCAGUGGAUACCCUCUUAAAAUGUAUGAAUACCAAACUGAAGACCAUUUUAUGUUAGGUAUGGAACGAAUACCAUAUAGUAAAUAUGGUAACAAAACAAUCGGUAAACCAGUGAUCUUGUUAUCUGGUAUGUUCGCCACAUCGAUUGUCUAUGUUUCACAUAACAAAUCACUCGGUUACCUGCUAUCAGACGCAGGAUUUGACGUUUGGCUUUUUAAUUAUCGGGUUACCGGUAUGUCCAAAAAAAUUAAGGAUCCUAGAACCGGAAUCGUGCCUAAAUUAAGUAGCUUAAAUUGGGAUUACAGCUUUCAUGAAUUAGCUAUUUACGAUUUACCAGCCGCCAUUGACCUAGUAAUAUCUGUGACUGGGUAUUCUAAAGUUGACGUUGGUGGUGUUUCUCUUGGAGGAACUAUACCACUAAUUACAUUAUCCGAGAAACCAGAGUACAAUAAAAAAGUUCGAAAUAUGAUCCUGAUGGCGCCAGCAAGUAGAAUGGGAUCUUCAUACAAGGGUGCACCGUACUACUUCGUUAGAACAGCUAUUCGACAAUUCUUAAAAACUGAUUUUAAAUUUCGUUAUAUAUCACUUAACAAUGAUCCGGAUAAUAUCGCAGUUGGACAAUUGUGUAGAAUUAAAAUGUUUGGAUUCAUUUGCAUUCAAUCAAUGAACAUUAUACAGGGAAUGUAUAAUCCUCUUCACGUAGAACCAGUCAUAGACGUAUUUACAACUUAUCCGCAACCCACAUCAUUAAAAACGGUUAAACACUAUUUUCAAUUAUUGCUAUCAGGUCGUUUUACUAAUUAUGAUUAUGGACCAAUUGGAAACAUGCGGCAUUACCAUUCUAAACAAGUUCCAGAGUAUGAUAUUAAAAAAAUUACAGCUCCAGCUAUAAUCUUGUACUCGAAACGGGACAACCUUGUACCUCCUCAGGACAUCAAAUGGUUACUAAACAAUUUACCAAAUAUCAAGAGCACACUUUACAUCGAUAAAAUACCUUUUAGUCAUCAAUCUUUUGCGAUGGAUAAAAGAGCACAUUUAGUUAUUGGUCCAUAUAUAGUGAAGCAAUUAUCAUCAUAA